UUUAAUCGAAUCUAACUCGAAGCGACAUCACCUACGUCACGUUUAUAAACAAAAUUUACCUCAUUGACAAAUCCACAGUCUGAGACACCUCGCCAAGUUAGCAGUGUUGUUGUUUUUUUGUUGUGUAUCUGCUGCUAGUUUUUACAGCCGAGCUCGUAGAGGGAUAUUUAAUCACCUGAUUUUACUAACGCCAGCGAGGAGCUGCGUGGUUUAGCUGCAGUUACUUUUUAAAAGCCGCUCACAGCUGCUCUGGGGGGCGGAGUGUCUGCAAAGUGCUGCGCCGAUUGGGGCGCUCGAUCGUGGGAAGAGAGAUGGCGUGCUUGUUGGAGGCCCCACUCCGCAUCAGUGUGCUGUCUGAAGUCACUGCCACUAGUCGCCAUUAUGUUGACAGACUGUUUGACCCUGACCCACAGAAAGUGCUGCAGGGAGUCAUUGACAUGAAGAAUGCAGUCAUAGGAAACAACAAGCAGAAGGCCAAUCUGAUUGUCCUCGGAGCUGUGCCGAGGUUAUUAUACCUGCUUCAGCAGAGCUCAUCCAGUCUGGAGCUGAGGACAGAGUGUGCCGUCGUGCUUGGCAGCCUAGCCAUGGGCACUGAAAACAACAUCAAAUCCCUCGUGGACUGUCACAUCAUCCCUGCCCUUCUUCAAGGUCUAUUGUGUCCUGAAGUAAUCUUCAUUGAAGCUUGUCUUCGAUGUCUCAGAACUGUCUUCAUCAGUCCAGUCACCCCUGUGCAGCUGCUCUAUACUGACCCCACUGUGAUUCCCCAUCUAAUGUCUCUACUGAGUCAUUCGCAGAGAGCCCAGGAGUACAUCACACAGAUCUUCGCCCACUGUUGUAAGACCCCAGAGCAUCAGACGGUUCUUUUCAACCACGGCGCCAUCCAGAACAUUGCCCCUCUACUUAUCUCACCCUCUUAUAAGGUCCGAAUGCAGGCGUUAAAGUGUUUCUCAGUCCUGGCCUAUGAGAACACUCAGGUCUCCAUGACACUGGUGAAUGUGCUGGUAGAUGGUGAACUGCUCUCUCAGGUAUUUGUUAGAAUGAUGCAAAGGGAUCAACCCAUUGACAUGCAGCUGACAGCAGCCAAAUGUCUAACGUACAUGUGUCGAGCGGGCGCCAUCAGGACAGACGACAGCUGCAUAGUCCUAAAGACCCUGCCUUGCCUCGUGCGGAUGUGCAGUAAAGAGCAUUUGCUUGAGGAGAGGGUGGAGGGUGCAGAGACACUGGCCUACCUGAUGGAGCCCGAUGUGGAGCUGCAGCGGAUCGCAAGCACCACCGACCAUCUCGUGGCCAUGCUGGCCGACUACUUCAAAUACCCCAGCUCUGUGUCUGCCAUCACUGACAUUAAGAGGCUGGACCAUGACCUGAAGCACGCACAUGAGCUGAGACAAGCUGCUUUCAAACUUUACGCCUCGCUAGGCUCCAACGACGAGGACAUCCGCAAAAAGAUCACAGAGACGGAGAACAUGAUGGACAGGAUAGUCAGCGGCCUAUCAGAAUCCAGCAUUAAAGUCCGUCUGGCGGCUGUCAGGUGUCUUCAUAGUCUUUCGCGGUCGGUGCAGCAGCUGAGGACCAGCUUCCAUGACCAUGCGGUGUGGAAACCCCUCAUGAAGCUGCUGCAGAACGCCCCAGAUGAAGUCCUGGUCAUGGCCUCCUCUACACUAUGCAAUCUACUGCUGGAGUUCUCACCCAGCAAAGAGCCCAUCUUGGAGUCAGGGGUGAUUGAAUUACUAUGUAGUCUGACCCAGAGUGACAGUCCUGCACUGAGGGUCAAUGGGAUCUGGGCCCUGAUGAACAUGGCGUUCCAGGCAGAACAGAAGGUGAAGGUGGAGAUUGUUCGGUGUUUGGGUACGGAACAGUUGUUCCGCCUGCUAUCAGACCCGGACACCAAUGUGCUGAUGAAGACCCUCGGUUUGCUGCGCAAUCUGCUGUCAACACGCCCACACAUUGACCAGAUCAUGAGUUCUCAUGGGAAGCAGAUCAUGCAGGCAGUGACCCUCAUCCUGGAAACGGAGCACAGUUUAGAGGUCAAAGAACAGACGCUGUGCAUCCUAGCCAACAUCGCUGACGGCAACACAGCCAAGGAACUCAUCAUGACCAAUGACGACAUGCUCCAGAAAAUCAAAUACUACAUGGGGCAUUCGAAUGUGAAGCUGCAGCUCGCUGCCACCUUCUGCAUCUCAAACCUUAUCUGGAAUGAGGAGGACGUUCAAGCAGUGGUCAACAGCGAUUGCUUGGAGCACCGCAGACAUUUGCUCAGAGCCGUCACAACACACCACACACACAAUAACGGAGGAGGUUCUCAGGAGCGUCAGGACAAGCUGAGGGAGAUGGGCUUUGUGGACAUCCUGCACAAACUCACCCAGGCCUCUGACUCCAACCUCAGUGACAGGGCGAAGACGGCGAUGCAGCAGUACCUAGCAUGACCACGGAGGGGAGAGAUCCCCUACCGCCAGCCUAACUAACAAUCGUCGGGAGGACACCUGCCACUGGUUCUUUUGUUUCCUGCUUUGUUUAAUCUCAAAGCUUGUUUCGUUGCACAAAGACACCUUUUUUUCGGACCUGUGGCUGGCCUCCCUUCUCCUCCAACCUGCCACCUCAACCCUGGCUCAACAGUUUUGCUCUCUCCAAACUGGAUCUUGGAGACUGAGACCAUGGUUGUUGGGAAAUCAACGGUUAGAGGUGCUCUUGUUUUUCUCUUUUCAACAAUGAAGUGAAAUGUUUCCUUUUGAGACUUUGUGAUUUGUGAUCCUUUCUUCCUUUUUUGUUUUUUGAGUUUCAGCCUGACACCAGUGCCACCUUGGUGCUUUUGGACUCCCGAUAGUGGAGAUUCUGGUGUCAGAACGCGGACUAUGAGGUUUGACACAACGAACAGGGGUGUUGGACAGCAAAGCGUCCCAGUUUUAUUUUUUUUCAUUUUUAAUUAAUAUUAAUAUUAAUGUUUCCUUAAGGCAUCGCAAGCAAGGACACAUUUGGAAAAACAGACUGCCUAUUUUGAAAUUCUGGGUGUUACUUUUUUUUGUGGAUACAUACCUCGUAAAUAUAUAAAUAUAUAUAUAUAUAUAAAUAUAAACAUAAAUAUAUAUUUUUGGAUUCUUAUUUUCCCCUGACCCUCUGUUUGUUUUCAUUCAUUCUCUCUGAACCAUCUUUCUUGGCACAGCAGGGUGAAUCCACUGCAGUGUGGCAGUGAAUAAGGAAAAGAAAUGUAAUUCCCCCGAUUUCUUUUUCUUCACCGUUGUGGUUCUGUGUGCACUGGUGCCUGUCACUUCUGUCUAAUAUCCUUAUAAUCCCAAUGGGAAAUGUAGAUCCAGAGUGCUCACUCUGACCUGCCCGGUUACUAAUUAACAGGCAUGAGUACACAGAACACCAGAGAUAAGAGGAUGCAUGUAUCCUCACACCUCUUUUGAAUAAGACUUAAUGUCCGUUGCGGUUUCUGUGGUGAAAAGGGAGAAAUGGGUUUCUUUCCUCUGGUGUGUUCUGAGAAGCGAGCAAGGACAGAGUAGAUUUCAGGAAUAAAGGAAGAAUAAUUUAAGACUGGCCCCUGGAGGGUAAAGCGCUAAGUGCAUCCACAGCAGCAGAAUCAAGUUCUAUAUUGUGUUUCAUCCCUCUAUCAUUUCUUCUCCCAUCAGGAUAUUUAUAUAGUGUUUUUCCCCUGACAUUUCAAACCUUACUGAAUCUCUGAUAGAAUGAAUGUUACCAUUGAAAAUAUAUGCAGACCUGAAGAAGGA